AUGGCUUCUGCAAACAGCGUUCCAGAAAACAAAGGGAAUAGUGUUGAAAAUGUAUGUGAAGUAAAUGUAAUGGCUCUUAAAAUGAAAGAAAAUUAUCAAAAAAAUGCCACAGCAGCAGCAAAACAGCAGGCUGCUCCUCCAGCUAAUGUGUAUAUAAACAUAGCCGGUAGAGCAGUAACAAUGGCUAAUGCACCAAUUAGAUCGAAUAACAAUCAACAAAAUUGUGAAGAUGUGGAAAGUAUGAAAGGUACAUUUUCAUGGAAAAUAAUCGCUGGAUAUUAUAUACCCUAUAUCAUACGAGUAAUUAAUGGUGAUCUUUUAAAGUUUGUAUCUGUACGUAUGGCUGAAACUCAGCUACUCAGCAACUAUUUACAUUAUUUACAUGAUGAUAUUUGUAAAUGCACAUCAGUUAAAAGUAGUAUUAUCACAGAAUCUGAAGCUAAGUUAUUGAAUGAAAUUAACCAAAGACAUGCCGACUACAUAUAUGGGAAAAAAAUGUUUUUCGCAGGACAAGAUUAUAUUGUCCGUUUAGAUGAAGUUGAUGAAUUUUAUAAGUUCAUAGAAGUAUGUUAUAAAAAGUUAAUGUGCAAUAUUACUCCAGUUAGCACAGAAAAAUGCGGUUUUAUACGUAUUAACUCUACAUCUGUUGUGCCAUAUUGUAUUGAAGAUAACCGAAAACUUGUUCCGCUUUUCUACUUGGAAGGCAAAACAGAAAUUGUAGAGCGUCGAGCUGUAAAAUUUGAAAAUUGGAACCUGGCCUAUCUCAAGUUCUUUGUACAGUCAACUCUCGGUAACUUGAAGCUCAAGGGGAAAAAAAAUUUGAAUUACUAA